CACUAGUCCAGUCCACCUAUAAAUAAGCCAAGAACCAACACUUGCUCUUUCUCGGGGCUCUCUUCACCAGCUUGCACAUUUAGAACCUGCCAAGUCGCGGUGUGACGGUCCAAUGAGAUGAUGGCGGCUGUUCGUGCUGCUGCUGCUGCUAGAUUCUGAUUUGUUUCGAUCAGGAAUCGAGCUGUUGGAACGAGUUGGCAUGGCAAUGGCGGCUCAGGGCGUGGACAAAGCGGAGAAAGAGGUUCAAUCGCAGAGCUUGAGCGGGCAGGGCUCGGUGUACAACCUCACCCUCAGCCAAGUCCAGAACCACCUCGGAGAGCCCUUGCCCGGCAUGAACCUCCAGGACCUCCUCCGAAGCGUGUUCCCCGCCGGAGAGGACGGCCGCUCCCCGGCGGCCGACGCAGGCGCCCUGAGCAAGAAGACGGUGGACGAGGUGUGGCGGCAGAUCCAGCGAGGGAAAGAGCAGGAGAGGCAGCAGCACCCGAGUCUGGGGGAGAUGACCCUCGAAGACUUCCUGUGCAGGGCCGGAGUUGUCGGAGAUGCACCGAAUGAGGGCGGCGGGUAUCAGAUUACCUUCGGGCCGACGCCUCACUGGCUGCACCACUGCCAUCCGCGGCGCCGGAAGCAGCAGAAGCAGAAACAGAAGCAGCAGAAGAGCGUCACCCACCAGCCUGCGCCCCAGCCACUUGCUGCAGCCGCCGGGAACAUAUCGGAGACCGCGUAUCACGAAGGCGGAGGAGCCAAUUCCUCGCCGUUUAAUCCACAAACGCCGAGGCGGAAAAGGGGGCACUUAGAAGAUUCGGCCAAGAAGACGGUGGAGCGAAGGCAGAAGAGAAUGAUCAAGAACCGGGAGUCAGCUGCCCGUUCUCGAGCUAGGAAGCAGGCUUACACCAAUGAAUUGGAGAACAAGGUUUCCAGACUCGAAGAAGAAAAUCAAAGGUUGAGGAAGAACAAUGAGUUGGAUGUCAUGAUCCACCAUAUUCCGCUGCCUGACCCGAAGCAACAACUACGUCGAACAAAUUCGACACCUUUCUGAUCUGUUCUGGGAAGGAUUUGCAUGAUUUAGCUUAUUGAACUUGUAUCGAGAUUCGAGACGACUGGCUUACAUGUUGAAUCAGUUAAGAACUGGCUUGAAAUGUUAGAUUGUGGCAA